AUGUUUGCUGCUGCUGCUACUACUCCUACUACUACUCCUGGUCUCACAAAGCACGACAACGGAACGAAAACGAGCGAUUACAGCGAUGGAUAUAACUUUAGCGAGGAUAUUGUGACUCUCGAUACAAAGAAAGGUUGCUUUGCCAAACGAACUAAAGUUAUAGUUUUGAGUUGUGUGAACGGAUCGAGCGGCGACGUGCUUCCCAUCCUUUCACUGGCAAAAACUUUACGCGCGAUGGAACCGUCGUGGACCCGCAUUUGCGUCAUCGCGAACGAAUACUUUGAAGAAACAUGUCGCGAAGAACUCUCGGAAGAAGAGUCGGUAAACGCGAUCGACUUUCACUUUGUUUCAAAACGCGAAUUGUACGAAGAAGUGUUGUCUCGAAAAAAGAAAAAAACAAGAUCCAUUGUUGACUACUUUCUCAGCACUUCUAUGGAGCACUAUCGCGUUUUGAAAUCAAUAAUAAACUCAGAUUACGAGUCGUUCGUCAUCUGUGCGAUUCCGUUUGAUUUUGCGGUUAAGUUUCUACAAGAAGAGUUUGAAGAGAAGAAUGUAACGUCCACUCCUACGCAGACGUUCGAGUUCAUCAGCGUUUUAUUGACUCCGGCGUUACUUUUGUGUUCAGACGUUACGCAUCACCCAGCGACUGGCUUGCUGUGCACAUCUCGGUUUCACUUCAGGAUGAACGAUUUUUUCGUCGAUGGAAUCUUGAGAAAAGCAAUAAACAAGUGUCGAAGAAAAUUGAUCGGAUUAACAGGAAGCGUGUCCGGAGGCAUUUUCAAGGAGUAUUGUCUUCUAAAUCGAAUAAUCUGUUUGUUUCCGCGAUGGUAUCACACCCACGAGAUACCUGAUACUUAUCCGUUACUAUCAAAGACAUCGCGUGUGACUCAAACCAACUUCCCUUCUACUACGAAAUCAAUCACUUGGUGUAAAGAGGAGGACAUAAGCGAUCCUUUGAAGCUUGGAAUAGAAGAGAGUAUUUUUGCUCGGCAUCCAAAAACGAUUAUCGUCGUCGUUUCCGCCUCGGGCAAUCCAGAGAUAUCCGAAAAAUAUUUCAAGUGUAUCAUCGGCGCCGUAUCAACAUCGCGUACAUUGAUGUCAAAGUAUUCGGUUAUAUGUUUGACGAAAUUUCUCGAGCGGUUGCCGAAGAAGAGCAACGAAAACAUCGAUAACGUUUUCCAUAUCGACUACUGUCCGUUACCCGCGCUCUUGAAACAUUUGAGGGCGCAGAACGACUUCAAUAUCGUCGUCAUAAACCACGCGACGAUUGGCGUUUCUCGAACUACUCUCGAGCUUGGCAUACCACAAAUUUUAGUGCCGAUCACUUUCGAUCAACCAGAUAACGCCAGAAGGCUCGAGGCGCUCAAAGUUGCUUUAACAUGUCCGAUUUCUCAGUUCUCAAAAAAUAAAUGUCUGCGAAUGCUUGAAAAUAUUGAAAAUAAUAUCGACGAGUUUCAGAGAAAUUGCGAAGCAUUGGUCUCGCAGAGGCUGCUGAUAUAA